AUGAAUUUAGAUUCCAUUCAUCGGUUAAUUGAGGAAACACACAUCUUCCAGAUGCGGGAGCCAUCAGUUAAACCACCUUGUGACAUGUUAGCACCUGCUUCAUCCCCCAAGGACACUUGUCCUUCCUGUUUGCCACAUCAGGGACUGCAAUCACGUGCCGCUCACAACUUCUGCACUCACUCCUGUAACACCAGUGAGUGGAAUAUUUGCGAAGAGCUUCGCCUGAGGGAACUUGAAGAAGUCAAGGCCAGAGCUGCCCAGAUGGAGAAGACCAUGAGGUGGUGGUCAGACUGCACUGCCAAUUGGAGAGAAAAAUGGAGCAAGGUUCGGGCCGAAAGGAACAGCGCCAGGGAGGAAGGAAGACAGCUCAGAAUAAAAUUGGAGAUGACGAUGAAAGAAUUGAGUGCACUGAAGAAGAAGCAGAGUUUGCCACAUCAAAAGGAGGUAUUAGAAACUACCCAAGACCUGAAGCAUCCUACUUUCAUGGAAGUGCCUUCUGCACAAAGAGACCCAUUUCACCUUGGUUCACAAACGUGGGAGUCUAUCAGAGGUUGUCCGGUAAAAAGAGAAUUUCCUACAAAGGAGAACCCGGAUAGUAAGGAAGAAGGUUUGAAUAUUGACCAGUUAAAAUUAAAUGAAGAGACGAAACUCAAUCUUAACUGUCCUGAUUCAUUAAGGACUGUUUCUGAAAACAGCACACUGAAAUCUGCAUUAAGACCACAAGCAAUAAACCUGCCUUUGGAGAAUAAAGUGCCUGAAAUUUCAGCUUUGCAGGUACAUCUGGAUGAGUUCCAAAAGGUUUUAUGGAAAGAAAGAGAAAAGCGCUCAUCUUUGGAAAAAGAAAUAGAACGACUGGAGUCAGCUUUGUCUGUAUGGAAAUGGAAAUAUGAAGAACUGAAAGACUCAGAGCCAAAAAAUCUGAAAGAGUUUAACAUUAUUCCUGGUCAACAUGAAAAUGAAAUGAAAGAAAUAUCGGGAGAUAUAAAAGAAGAAUCAAAAUCUCAAACCGGCAAGGAUAGAGUGAUCUACGAGUUAAGAGCUGAGCUAGAGAGAUUGCAAGCUGAAAAUAUCUUGGAGCGAGACAAGAGGGAAAUACUUGAAACAGAAAAACAAGGACUGGAAAGAGAAAAUAGAAGGCUAAAGGCCCAAGUGGAAGAAAUGGAAGAGCUUCUGGAGAGGAGAAAUGUUUUAAGUGCAAACUCUCCAGGUCCUGACUUCAAGACCUCACAAAUUGAACUGCAGGAAAAAAAUCAAGGUAUCGGGGAACUUUUAGGAGGACAGAGAGGAGAGGAGAGAAGAGAGGACAAGAGAAGACAAAUGAGGGAAGAAGAAGGGAAAAGUGGAAUUUGUGCUGACUAUAAAGUGAGAGGACAUAACAGAAUAACCAAAAUGGGAGCAAACACAUAUAGGCUAAUAUUUAUCAAAAUAUGUCCUGAUUUUGCUGUAAUGGAGAAAAGUAGAGUUAUAAUUCCCAACCAUUUUUCUAAAAAUGAUACCUUUCAAUGCUCAUUUGCUUUACCACUUUAUUCAGUGACAGGGAGGUUUGUACUUGGAUAG